AUGAACACUCUUUUAUUGAAUUUAUACAUAUUUCAUCUAUCUAUCUAUCUAUCUAUCUAUCUAUCUAUCUAUCUAUCUAUCUAUCUAUCUAUUUCAAACAUUUCAUUAUCUAUCUAUCUAUCUAUCUAUCUAUCUAUCUAUCUAUCUAUCUAUCUAUCUAUCAUCAACUUAGCUAAAUGUAUCCGUCUUGCAACACAUGCUUCGUAUUUUUUUCGUAGAAAAAAUAUCACUCUCACUCAAAUCAUAUCUAUCUAUCUAUCUAUCUAUCUAUCUAUCUAUCUAUCUAUCUAUCUUUGCCUGUAUCUUUCUCACAAUAAUCGUAUCUAUCUAUCGAUUUAUCUAUCUACUUAUUUAUCUGUCUAUCUAUUUACUUCGAUUAUAAUAGAUUUCCGAUCUCAUCCUUUCAACAUCCCCAACAUCCGAUAUAAAACACCAUCCUCUCCUCACCUGCACAUUAUAUUUCAUUCUCUUCCUCUCUUUCUUUCUUUCUCUCUCACCCUCUCUAUAUCUCAACAUUCCUGCGCACUCUCCUAUAUCAGUCUACAUAUAUCUACAUAUCUAUAUAUCUAUAUCUAUCUAUCUAUCUAUCUAUCUAUCUAUCUAUCUAUCUAUCUAUAUAGGUGUAUUUGUCUGUCUAUUCUGAUCACUUUUAUUCUAUGCCAAUCCCAACAUCGAUGUGUCAAAACUAAUCUGCCAUAUCUAUCUAUCUAUCUAUCUAUCUAUGAUCACCUUCAUAUGCUGAUAUAG